AUGGCUGACUCCCUCACCGAAGAGCAAGUUUCCGAGUUCAAGGAAGCCUUCUCCCUCUUUGACAAGGACGGCGAUGGACAAAUCACAACCAAGGAGCUCGGUACCGUCAUGCGCUCCCUGGGACAGAACCCCUCCGAGUCGGAGCUCCAGGACAUGAUCAACGAGGUUGACGCCGACAACAACGGAACGAUCGACUUCCCUGAGUUCCUCACCAUGAUGGCCCGCAAGAUGAAGGACACCGACUCCGAGGAGGAGAUUCGUGAAGCCUUCAAGGUCUUUGACCGCGACAACAACGGCUUCAUCUCCGCCGCCGAGCUUCGCCACGUCAUGACUUCGAUCGGCGAGAAGCUCACCGACGACGAGGUUGAUGAGAUGAUUCGCGAGGCUGACCAGGACGGUGAUGGACGUAUCGACUACAACGAGUUCGUCCAACUCAUGAUGCAGAAGUAA